CAUUUCCGGGCAGCAAAUUUCAGAGGGCGCUGCAAAAGCGGAUUUCAUUUAAGAUACGCACUAUCUGCACCUGAAGUGGAUACAUUUUAUGAUGCUUGGUGAAAGAGAAAGAGAAAAGUGAAAAGAUUACAAGAUAGUUCAGAAAGUACAGUUCUAGAGAACAGUCUCGGUUCAACUUACCGAAGGAAAGUAGUCUUACUUAUAUUGUGCAUCUAGUAUAGUAGACUGCCAGUGCGCUGUUUACCACGUCAUUUUCGCGUUACAUGCUUAGGUGUACCGUUUACAAUGAAUCCUCUAACAAAUGUUAGAAAUAUAAAGAAGCUCAAUGAACAAGAGUUACGAGGCAACAACAAAACGUCAUGGCAUGAUCAGUAUAAAGACAGCGCUUGGAUUUUUGUCGGUGGCUUACCGUAUGAUUUGACAGAGGGUGAUGUGAUUGCUAUUUUUUCCCAGUAUGGUGAAAUAGUCAAUAUAAACUUGAUCAGGGACAAGGACACUGGGAAACAAAAGGGAUAUGGCUUUCUAUGCUAUGAAGAUCAAAGGAGCACCAUACUGGCGGUUGACAAUUUUAAUGGCAUAAAGAUACUGGGCAGAGUAAUACGAGUGGAUCACGUUGCCAAUUACAAAGUGCCGAAGGAUUCCAAAAAUAUAGACGAGGAAACGCGAAAGUUGCGGAAAGAAGGUUGUGCUCCGAGAGACUGAGACGUACAUGAUCUGUAUGUAUAAACUGUGAAAUAUCGAUAUACUUAGGCAUCAUUUCAAACGUUAUAAUCUUAUGCUUGGUCAGUGAAAUACAUUUACCAGCUAAGAAUUUCA